AUGGUAGAAGGCAUUAGCUUGGGUGGCCCAACCUCUUUGAAGGAACUUUUGUGUUAUUUUCAUGUUGGAGGGACAUUUGUAGUUGACGAGGAAGGUGGAGUUCAAUAUAAAGGGGGUAAUGUGAGGUUAAGGAGCAUAAAAGAAGCCAUUACAGUUGAAGAUUUAAGGGGGAAGAUAUCAUUAUGGUUUGGAAUUGAUAGUAAUAAUUGUGAGAUGAAAUAUAGAGUAAGUUUUGAUGAGAAGACAUUGGUAGAUUUAGUUGAUGAUGGUGAGAUUGGGAACUUUUUUCAGUAUAAUGAGAGGCAUGGCCAUCUAUACGUAGCAUGUAAAGAGAAAGAAAGUGGUGCUGAUAUAAUAGAAGAUCUGGAAAUAUUGUUGGGCCUGUCACAAGAAAGGUCUGGCUCAUUCAGCAGUAUGGAAACUGAAUAUGAACCAGUGGGGUAUGAAGAUAUGGGUGCGGCCUUAAUGUAUGAAGUUAGAGGCUGUUCUAGCAAUAUAACAUGUGGAGUACAGUAUGCACCAACACCAUAUCUUGAGAUGAAUUGUUCAAAAUGGAGGGAAUUGAUUUUAGGACAGCUGCAAAAUUUUGCCCAUACAAAAGAGUUUAAAAAGUCAGUGCACAAAUAUAGAAUAGCACAUGAUUUUGAGUUCAAGUAUGUGAAGAAUAGUAAGGACAAGAUGUUGGUGAGAUGCAAGGUUGAAGGUUGCCCAUGGAAGAUAUGUGCAAAUGCAGUGGGGAAGAAGACUCCUUUCCUAUGCGUGACGACAUUUGUAAAUGAACAUGUGCAUAGUGCGCAAGACAAUCUCCAAGUCAGCCAUGGUGGAAGAGCUAGUUUGACAUCAGCAAUUAUAAUUGAUGAGGUAAAGAAUCACAUAGACAAACGGCCUACUGAAAUAAUGACAAUGUUGAAAAGAGACUAUGGGGUGAAUCUAACAUACAAGCAAGCAUAUAAAGCUAAGGAAAAAGCAAUGGAGGAAAUACAAGACAGACCUGAGCAAUCUUACAUGCUAAUACCUUGGAUUUGUCAAAGACUAAAGGAAAGUGAUGAAAAAACUACUGCUGAAUGGGUUGCUACUGGGAAUAACAUAUUUGAGCGAGUUUUCAUAGCUUAUGGGUGUUGUAUAGAGGGUUUCUUAACUGGUGGUAGGCACAUAUCGUAUAUGGAUGGAACUCACCUAAGUGGACCAUAUAAUGGAACAUUGCUGUCAGCAUCGGCUUAUGAUGCGGACAAUGAAUUGUUACCAUUUGCAAUUGCCAUUGUAAAGAGGGAAACAUAUGAGGAUUGGUCAUGGUUUCUGCAUGUGAAGGAGAACUUCAGUGCAGAACUAGUUAAAGCAAACAGAGGCAAGAGAAAGACAAGUAAGUCCAUGAAGGAAGAUGGGUUGCAAUUGCUUGAUAAUAUCGCAUAUGCAAGGCUUAAUGGUGAGUUCGAUAAGGCAAUGGACCACAUGCAUUGUUUCUCUCCACAGUUAUUCCAGUGGCUCAAUACUCAUGGAGAUGUGGAAAAAUGGGCAUUGAGUAAGUUUCCAUAUCGACCGUGGGACAAUAUAACUACAAACCUUGCCGAAUCAUUUAAUACUUGGUUGAUAAAGGAAAGGAGGCACAACGUUACACAGUUUAUCCAUAAGCACCGUGAGAAGGUAGCCAAAAAAAUGUAUGCAGCUAGUGUGACAAUGGGUAGAUGGAGAAAUGGAAUAGGACCAAAUAUUGAUGAACACGUAAAGAAAAAUGUUGCCCUUGCUGAACAUAUGUUGCCUGAACCGUAUGGUGGGGGCAGGGUUGUUGUCCACACAUCCCAUGGAGCCUUGCGUGUUGAUCUCGGUGCAUACACAUGUAGUUGUGCAGCUUGGCAAAUGUCGAGGAUCCCUUGUCCACAUGCUUGUAUAGCCAUAAAGUCCAUGCAUGGAAAUGUCUAUGACUUUGUUGAAAAUUACUACAAGAUCACAUCCCAAGAAAAGAUUUACUCCCGCUGCAUGAUACCAGUGGUCCCCAUUGACAGGCCUGACCCAAAUACCAUUUUGAUGGAAAAUAUUUCAGAGCAAAUUUUUCUGUUCCCACCUCAGACUAGUCGACCUGCUGGAAGGCCAAGAGCUAACAGACGCGAAUCACAAUUCUAG